CAUCACUUUCUAUUGCCUUGAAUCAGUACUUUCUGAGUUGUUUGAAUUUUCUGAGACUAAAUGUCACAUGUAGAGAGCUACUGCAAAGUAGGACACUACACUACACACACACACACACACAGAUUUACACCUACACCCAUGAACGCAUUCCCUAGAGUCUGCCUGCCGAAGAGCUCUCCCUCAAGACUUGAGUUAUUUCAUUAGUGAGAUAAAACAGGGCUGAGCGCACUGAGGUUGUCAGUUUCACUGAUGAAGAAAAGAGAAGCAAAGGGAAUCAGAAAGAAAGAAAGAGAGAGAGAAAGAGCGAGAGACAGAGAGGGGGCUGUGAUAAACUCUGCUGCAAGCCCUCCUGUAAGCAGAGUGAGAGAGUGCAGGAGCAACAGCAUAAGAUCUGGAGAGGGUGAAAACACAACUGUGAGCAAGACCUACCACAAAGUCCACACCGAUCUUGCACUUUGAGGUGAGUGUGCAUGUGUUUCUGUCACCCUGCAUAACUGGGCUGAUGCAUUUGGGUGCGAUCGUCCUGUCAAGUGCGUCUCAGCUUUGAAGUUGGCCGUGGGGGACCGAGAAGGCCAACUACCAAUUCCCUCAGGACAUUUUUUUCCUACUUCGGCAGAAAGGAACCACAUGUAAAGACUGAUGGGACAAGACCUCAGCAUUGCUUACCAGAGAAUCGGCUCAGAUGCAUCACUGCAGAGACCCAACAUCUCAGUAGGAGCGAGACGGAGGUAAAGAACCAGAGAGAAAGUGAGAGGGAAUCUGAGUUAUUUCUAUCCACUGCCACCCUUCCCACACUGGGACUCUCUUCACUUGCCCUCUGCUAUCCACCCAUGGGGCAGGAAGCGUGAAAUAUCUCACUAAUGGGUUUAUUUGCUGUGAGCUCAGCGACGACCUGUCAUUUCUCAGGACCACUCCACACUUGACACAUUUCAUAGUCGAGUAAGCUUUGCUUUGUUUUUGGCUAAAGAGCCCUUGCUUCACACUGAUCAAGACAAGGGUGAGGUAUCAGUUGGAGUGGACAAGUCCCUUAAUCACUUUGCCUGCCUAUUACAGUAUUCUUCUUCAAGUGAGGUCAAGCGUGUGGGACGUCUCGCUGUUCCUUUGUAUUUCUCAAAGCUGAGAACUUCCCGCAGGGAGAAAGAGUCUGCUUUCUGGUGGGCUGAAGAUGCGUUGCUGGCUGCUAGCUGUGGUGACAGCAGUGCUCUGGAGCCAGUGCAUCCUUCUAGGGUGGGCUGAAGGCGGGAAGAUGCGUAAGAGGCCGAAGGAGCUUGCUCCGCAGGACACUGAAGCAUUUAACACCACUCUUUCCAACAGUGAGGAGCUGGAUGGCAGCACAAAGGUCAGUGAAAACCAGAGAGUGGACCCUCUUGGAUCAUGGAUGGAUUUUGUGAAGAGACCUGUGGGCAACUUUCCCGGAAAAUGCCGAAAGCGAAAACGACCACUGCCCGGUCCCCCUGGACCUCCUGGACCUCCAGGGCCUCCCGGACCUCCUGGAUCCCCUGGGGCAGAAGUCACUCAAGAGGUCCUGCUGCGAGAGUUCAAAGAAAUGAUCAAAGAGGCCACAGAGAGACGAGCAGCAGUGGACAGGCCCAACGAACCCAGUCAGCUGCCUACAGCUCUGAUCACCCUAGAGAGUAUGACCUCCUACAGGAGAAUCGAGGAAGCCUUCCACUGCAAACUCAAAGGCCCUGUCGUUGUGGACAAAAAGACUCUGGCUGAACUGCAGAACUUUCAGACCCCUCCUGCCAAAGGUGCCUUCCUCAGAGGGACGGGGAUGGACCAGUCCACUGGCCGAUUUACAGCUCCUGUAACUGGAAUUUAUCAGUUCUCUGCCAAUGUUCAUAUUGACCACACUGAGGUGAAGAAGAGUAAGAACCAGCUGAGAGCCAGAGACAAUGUCCGAGUUUUGAUCUGCAUUGAAUCACUCUGCCACAGAUAUACAUCCUUGGAAAUGAUUGUUGGCUUUGAGAGUAACAGCAAAAUAUUUACAGUAUCUGUCCACGGACUGCUGGAACUUCAGGCCGGGCAGUACACUUCCAUAUUCGUGGACAAUGCAGCUGGAGCAUCGAUCACAAUACAGAAUGGUUCAGAUUUCAUGGGCAUGUUGUUGGGGGUAUAGCCUUUUUUUACAGCCAGACUAGAUCUGGCAGACCAUGUAAGACUGCAUAGCUCCUGUUUGGACUAUCACCCAGCACCAUAUAUCCUCAUGAGACAAUAUAUGACUGCUUACAAAGCUCUCGGCUUGUUCAUGGACUAGACAUGGACAUAUUAAAACCUACAAAGCAGAGACAGUUGGAUGCAAAACUGAAAGACUUUACCGAGGACUGUCGAUUCACAUCUGCCGCUCUCAUGUGCCGUCUACAUUGAGGUUUUUACCUCUUCAGAAAGAUCAGUUCUCACUGUUUCCACUUACCAUGUCCUAUUUUGUGAUUUAUAGAUGUAUACAAAGAGAUUUUUGUACUUUGACAUUGUGUUAUGUCCUUCCUCUUAAUUAAUAGUGUUUAUAUACAGAAUGUUUAUACACACGGUUUGUUUCUACGGUGAAAGGUUUUCUACAAUACAAGAGCUAAUCUAAGGUUUAAUCUUUUGGAUUUAUCUUAAAGGAACAUUUGACCCCAAAAUGAAAAUUUGUUGAAAAUUGACUCACCAUCAGGCCAUCCAAGAUGGGAUUGUGUUUAUUCUGAACAAAUUUGGAGAAAUUUAGCAUUACAUCACUUGCUCACUAGUGAAGGGGUGCCGUCAGAAUGAGAGUCUGAACAGCUGAUUAAAACCACAGACUGUAUAAAAACAUGGAUGUAGGUUCUGUGACGUCACAUGUAGGUUUCUGAAGAGUGUUUUUGAAGCCUAAAGUGGGCGGAGCCUAUUUUCACCAUCAUGGCAGCACGUCACUCCCCGAUAAUAGAAAAUGGGCAAAGAGGCGGGAGCUGGUUGCUGAAACCACACCCACCUAGCUCUAUGAUGAUGACAGCAGCGGCAAUCCACCUGUCACUCAAGUGGCCAUGCCCUUAAUUAUGCAGAACUUUAAGGCUUAGUAUAAUUUAAACGAAUGAGUUAUAAAAAAAAUCCACCCCCUCACAGUUGUCAUGAAUGCCAACAUAAAUACCAAAAUCAUAUUUUUUUUCUUCUGUAAUGUUGGCCAUUUUAACAUCAAUGUCAACGUCAAUAGGACUGGCUCCCUUUUGGAUCCAGCCUCUAGUGGCCAGUCAGUGAAUUGCAACUUUAGUCACUUCUGUGUUGGUUUCACUAGAGAUUGGAAGGUUGCCGCUUGAUUAAAACACCAUAAUAAUCCAUGCCUUCCACAUGACUCCAGUCCAUAAAGUAACAUCUUGUGAAGUGAAAAAAUGCCUGUUUUUAAGAAACAAAUCCAUCAUUAAGAUGUUUUUUAAUGUCAUAAUACUCUUUCAGGACAGAAAUAUGCAUCAAUCCCUGUUUACAAACAAAAACAGUUCUAAACAAAUAUGCCUGUGGAUUUUAAUGUGAGAGGAUAACAGGGGAUGGACUUUCUCACUGAAUAAAGCAUUAUUAUGGAUUAGGGUAUUUUAACGAUUUAAAGUUAAAACACCUUUGUGGUGGUCCCCUUUUGUGACCAUGCAGCUUUUCCCUUUACAUGACAUUAAAUGGAAUGGAUUACUUUUGGAUUACUGUCAUGUUUUAAUCAGAUCUUUGACAGCAGCCAUUCACUGCAGAGGAACCACUGUUAAGCAAGUGAUUUAAUGCUGAAUGUCUUAAAAUCUGAUUCAAUGAAGAAACAAACUUGUCUUGGAUGGCCUGAGGUUGAGAAAAAAUUCAGCAUUUUUUUUUUCAUUUUUGUGUGAACUAUUCCUUUAAAGAUUUUAUGAUCAUUUUUAUGUUAACCAAAGUGUGCACUCCUCUUGUUCAAACAUGCCUGUAUUUUUAAAUAUAACAAGCUAGACAAAGUUUAUUUACUAUGCAGCUCAGAAAAGCAUGUUGUAGUGACUUGAUUGUUGAUAAAAGAACAGAUUUUCCAUUAUACCCGGCCAAAAGAAGGAAACAGCCAAAUACAAGAAAAGAAACAAGAUGAAUGACUCGCUCGAUUUUUUACGUCCAACAGCUAACAGUCCCAAACAAUAGCAUUAAUCAAAGAGUGUGUGUGAAUGUGUGUUUGGAAAGCAUACUGCCAUGAUCGAUUCUCAUUUUGUUUACCGCAAUGCCAAAUACGUCAUCUGAAUGUUUUUCACAUCUCCAUGGAAAUUUAUUCUUGCGUUCUUUCAGAUGUGUUGUUCUUCUUCCUUUUCUCUCAAACAUCUUCUUCAGUAAAUUAAGAUGCACACA